AUUGGAGAUUUAAUACUCGUGUUCAUAUUUUGAAUGAAAGCGAACCUGAACGGAUUGUAUCCGUGAUGCUUCCAGUGGAAAUUAAAACCACGGAGAAACAUGUUCCUCAAGGAAAUAAUAACUCAGGAGAAAUCAUUGUACCAAAAUAUUUAGAGGGAGUCGUUCCGAGAAUAUUUAAGAAAAACAAGGGAAGAACUCGACCUGUUGAUGCAAAGUUAAAAACUAAUGCAAAAGUUUGGAAACAUUCGCUUGAUUUAAGUGGAUACAAACCGGAGGAAAUCCAAGUAAACUGUUCCGGUGGUAACAAGGUGUCUGUGACGGCGGAGAAACAAAGCGAUGCUCGCUGUAGAGGGGUCCAGGUGAGGAGAACUGUGUUUGUGCCGGGGGGAGUGGACAUGUGCAAUAUUUCUAGCUUUGUGUCGGACGAUGGGAAACUGGUCAUCCAGGCGCCCUACCAUAAGGUGUCCCCCGGGGAUACGUGCAAGAGGUGCUGUCUGAAGAGGAAGCUCACAGAAGAAUCAGAAAAAUCUCAGGGAAAUAAUCACGCUAAAAAGCUUAGGACAGAGGUGAUCGAUAACACUAAUGGGACAGAAAGUCGAUCCGAUUCAGAAUCCGACGAUGCGGAGGCAGACCUACGUCACACAAUGGGAGUGAAGUCACAUCCUCAUUCACCUGUCUCAGGGACCCCCCGGAGAAUGGGUGGUGCCAAUGUGGGGUGGACCACAGAGGUGGGGAAGACAGAUCCUGAUGCCAAAAAUGAAUUCAGUGUACACGAUCUAAGUUGUCCAACUAAAAACGUUCCAAGGGAUGCAAUAGAAUCUCAUCAUCCACAUUCAGCCAAAAUUCCCACGGACCAAGAGUCUCAAACCUCUCACCCUACAUCUAAUAACUCAUCCCUCAAAAUAUCCCCCGACCUGCCAAACAACACUGCCAAAUCCACGACCCCGCCCCCUAAAGUUUUGGGGAUCAGUGCCGGCUCCGACAUCUCCUAUAGAGAUAUUGGUCGACUUCCGUCCGUGCGGCGACAGUCUGUGGCACUCAGUAUCCCCAUCGAGAACUUCUUCCCUGACCGAGACAGUAUCGUCAUCUCCCUACAGGGAAACACCCUGACCAUCAAAGCUAACAGGGUGAGUAAAGUGAAGAACUGCGAACUCUCCGAACUGUUCCUGAAGGAACUCGUAUUUCCGUCCUGCUUCGACUGCAGCUCAAUCCGACUGGCCAAAGAUGUCGGCGGCUCGCUAAUCGUGACCGCCGAGAAACAUGAUUGAGAAAGACUGUCUGGGUGUCUGUCUGUUGUGUGUGACGUGUAGGUGUAAUGUUUAUUUAUUGGUGUAAAUGUGUAGAUCGCUGUGCUCAAAUAAAAUGGCAUUGUUUAUUACA